CUCUAUCUAAUAUUCUCUCCUCAUUUCGUGUGCUUUCUUAAAUCUAAAUCCUCAUCUCUUCAAGCUUUCUUCAUCAAGGGAAGAAAAUUAAGUGUUGGAUAUGGUCCAAUUUAGAACUUUAUGCUGCUGCUAAGUAGUUUUAUGUGGCACUAGGAAAUAUCAUGACAUAGGGUGUCAAAGAGAAGAUACGACAUAUUGAGCUUGGCUGGACCUGGACUGGACGUACAGGUUAUGGUGUCUGUUCAUAUGUUAGAUACGUAGUUUGGUAAAUGUAGAAAUCCAUGUGUAGAGAAACGUUCGGCAUAAUUGGAUAUUGUGUGGAUUUAUGGGGUUGAUAUUUGAGUUAGCAACAAACAUAAUCAUAGCAUUUCUGAAACCAUUAUCGUUGUUCAAAAUUCUAGUUUCAUUUGGUUUGAGAACCACCUGGGUUGUAGCUUUCACGUGGUUUCUGUUGGCGAAAGCAGCUGUCAAUUUGAAUUUGGAAAUUUGCUCCAAGAUUAUGAUUUGGACAGUUGCUAUUGUAUCUCUUCCGCUGCGAAUUCUUAAUGCAGUGCAAAGGGAGAGACUGCUUGAAUCACGUCUUCUCGAGAUGAAAAUUGAGUUGGAGGAUCUCACAUGGGAUGAGAAAAAACUAGAAGAGAAGCUGCGUGCAGCAAUCCAAGAUCGCAGGGUUCUGGAAUCUAUACUAACAGAGAUUGAGGAUGAGCACGAUAAGGCCAUUUCUAAAAUUGAAAAUCUAGUACAUGAGUUGCAGGAUUUGAAAGAAGAGAACCUAAAGCUGAAUGAGAUUCAAGGAAAGAAUAUUUGGGAAGUCAAAGGUCGUGGUGGUAUUAAGAAUACAGUUUUUGAUGAUGACAAAUGCGCCAUUCCUCUGCCAGCUGAAUAUGAUGUUCCCUCAUGGAAUCCUUCUUGUAACAGUGGUGGGGAUCUUAUUCAAGACUGGGAGGACAACCAAAAAGAUAAAACCAAAGAUUUUUCUAGAACUGGACUAAAAGGCGGUGAACCUAUUAUUAAUAUAUUCCCAGCUAGGAUGGUAAGUGCAAUGGAGGGUGUGGUGAUUGAUCGGCGAAGAGAUAUAGCUGUCUGUCAGAGCGUUUUCAGUGCUAUUCUCUCACUUCUGGUUGGGAUGAUAAUAUGGAAGGCAAAAGAUCCUUGCAUGCCGCUUGUGGUUGCACUUUUCAGCGUGGUUGCGAUGUCUUUGAAGAGUGUUGUUCAGUUCUUUUCAACUGUCCAUAACAAACCCGCCUCAGAUGCAGUUGCUUUGUUAAGCUUCAACUGGUUCAUACUUGGUACUCUCACCUACCCAACCCUACCAAAAGUGGCCAAUCUAUUAGCACCAGUUGGUCUAAGGCUCGCAACCCGAACAGUUUCGUGGCUUGGUUUUGCUUCUUUUUUAUGACAGGUAUGGCACCAGAUAGGGCAAAAGACGGUAGGGUUUUUUCCAAUUCCCAAAACUUCUAACCUUUGCAGUAGUGUUUUGUACAAUACUCAUCUGCAUUAGAGCUUCUUGCCAACAUUUGGUUCUGUAUGUAUAUAGUGAUUGCUUGUAGUGUUUCAAGUGCAUAUCCCUGUGUAUCUUUUUCUUUAGUGAAUUUAGUUUAUCGUCUCCUGUUUCUCGGUUGUAGCGGUUGGAAUUCCUUCCUAUGAAAGGAUUUCUUUAGUUUUAGGUUCUAGAUAUGAGCGGAGAGUUAAUGUUGACAAGCAUGUAAAAUACAAAUGCAGUUAAAAAAAUUUGGCAAGCAUGUAAGAUGCAGUUA